CACUCUGAAAGUGACAAAUCUCUCGCUGAAUGUAACUCAGGAAGAAAUGGAAGAUGUUUGUCGUAGCUAUACAGAUUAUCAAAGUCUUAAAGUUAAUAAGGGACAUGCUUAUGUCAAUUUUUCAUCACUAGAAGGUGCAACAACAGCAAUGGAAUUUUUAAAGAAAGUAAAAUUUUAUGGGCAAUGCCCCAUUGUCAAAUUGCACGAUAAAGAUUCUAUUCAAGCCUCUCCUACUCCACCUCAAGCUCAGGCCUACACCUUUUCACCUUCUUUUACUCAUCCUUCAGCCCAUAGUCCUCUUCCUUCAGCUCUUCCUAUUUCACCUGAUGCUCGUAUUCCUCUUCCAACUCAAACUCAUAUUCCUCUUCCAACUCAAACUCAUAUUCCUCUUCCAACUCAAACUCAUAUUCCUCCUCUAGCUUGUGUUUUUCCUCGUGUCCCUCUUUCAGCUCCUCAUUCUUAUGCCUUUCCUUUUCCUGUUUAUCACUUGCCUCAAGCUCAGUAUAGUCAUAACAGGAAAUCCACAACACAGUCAAGCACAGAAGUGUCAUCAACUAUUAAAGUUACAUUUGGUUCUAGUGGAAUUACAGGUGAGGUUCUAGAGGGAUACUUUCGUCAGUUUGGUAAGGUCCUGAAAACUCCUGCUAUAAUAUCAGGGAAUCCUGACUAUGCAUAUGUCAAUUUUGAGUCAAGUAAAGAAGCAAAGGCUGCCUGUACCUCAAACAAGGUGCAUCUCAAUGGUGUGCAGGUGAAUAUCAAACUCAGUAAUAAGCAGCUGUCAGUUGAAAAUGGUUCGAAAGUGGUUACUUAUGAGGAAGAUGCACUCGUUAAUUUAAUUACUAUUUCCAAAUUUCCAGAAUUGGAGAUCCAACUUUCUAAUGUGUCUGCCAAACCAUUAAACGAUGGAAGAGGCAUUCUUAUUUCUGGUGACAAUGAUAAAGUAGAAAUGGCUGAAAGUAUUGUACGAUUGCACAUGCAACUACUUCAGAGUCAGAUAAUAACAGAGUCGAUCAAUCUCCAUUGUCAGUUCAUACCUUUAUUAAAAGAUCCUCAAGUAUUUCAGAAUAUAGAGCAGGAGAAUGGUGUGGAGUUUAGUAUAAAGCUGCCUAAUGGUUCUACCAAAUCUAUGGUUACUUUCUCCAGUACUAUAGCUAGUGCAAUGUCUAGUUCAUAUCCAUUGACUAUAGAGAGUAUUUCUGAUUAUUUAACUAUUUCUCAUACUGGUGUUGUCUCUUGGAAAUUUAUUGAUGAUGAUAAGAAAUUCACACUCAUGAGUGCUACUGAUUCAGCUGAAAUUGAAAAACUCUAUCAGCAGCAUCUUCUCCAAUCACCAGGUCUCAUUCAUCAUUCUCUAAUUCCUCCUUCCUACAGCAUAGGGAAGUGGCGAUACACUUAUGAUUUUGAUGAUAUGAUACAGUGCAACACCACAACACAGAAGGAGCGUGAAAUCAAACGUAUACCAGCUCUAGAUUCAUUAUCACUUUGUCUAUCCUGUCGUGGUUUAAAGGAAAGCGUUCAAGUUUCUAUAGCUAGUUUACGUAAGAAAUUAGAAGGGAUGGUUAAAAUGAAAACAUUUGGAAGCUUUUGUACUGAAUGUAUCAUUGAGUUAGCACAAUCAUUUUGUGUCAAAGUGGAAUCAUCAUUCCCUAAUAUUUUAUUGUUUGGUGAUGGUGACUAUUUGACAAAAGUAUUUCUUGUUUUAGCAGAAAAACGAGCCAGCCUUCAAUCUGUCCCACUUUCAUCAUCAUCAUCUUUUCCUCCUGAGUGGGAGCCACAAACUAAAAAUACUGAACUGAAACCUGUUAAAGUAAGCUCUCUUGAAUGGACUAAGGUUGUGAGUGCUAUCAAGAAGACAAUGGUGGAUGCAAAUAUUUUAAAAAUUGAGAGGAUACAGAACAAAUUUUUAUACGAAAAAUACGACCUAUGCAAGAAAAGAAUGCACGAGAAAAAUAAUGGUCUGGUGAACGAGAAAUGGCUAUUUCAUGGAAGUAGUAGUGUCUCUCCAGAGAAAAUAUACGAAUCUGAGCAUGGAUUUGAUUUUCGUCACAGUGGUAGCUCAAGUUUGUGGGGGAAAGGCGCAUAUUUUGCAGUUAAUGCCAGCUAUUCCGGUCGUCGUUAUGCUUAUCGAUCUCCUCUGGGAUAUCAGCAGAUAUUCAUAGCUUUUGUUUUAACUGGUGACAGUAUAAGAAUGGCAAGUGAUCCCACAUUAGUUACUCCACCAAGUAAAGAUGAUGGCAGUGGAGAUUAUGAUAGUGUAAAUGGCAUGACUAGUUCAUCUCGGAUUUAUAUUGUGUAUGAUCAUGACAAAUGUUAUCCAGCUUAUUUAAUUACUUUGUAUUAGAAUAUUGACUUUUGCAUAGAUUUAAUUAUUUUUGAGUUUUACAUAGAAAUCAAAAUACUAGAAGUAACACGUUGUAUCACGUGGUGACAGUAUACGGAAAUGUACUAGAUAUAAUGAGCAAGAUCAAGAGACCUAAAGUGAAGCACAGUUUAGAUUCUCCUUACAAGCUUCAGUGGCCUUCUGUUGGAGAGAAAUGUGCUCAGAAAACAAUUCAACUUCUGAUGGAUUCUCUUUCUAGUGUUGCAUCAAAUAAGAAGAAAUUUCACAAGGCCUCAAUUGAUGCCGUUCCAUUAACCGACAAUCCCUGCCUUAAGAAACAGCUCAUCAUUGGAGUUAAUGCUUUUACUAGGUGUCUUGAAAGGGGGCAUAUGAGAUGUGGUGUAGUGUGUCUAUCAGCUAAACCAGCUCUAUUGACAGGGCACAUACUGAUGCUAGCUGCUACCAGGAAUUGCCCUCUAAUGGGACUAUAUGAUCUUAGUUCAAAAUUAGCUCCAACACUAGGUAUUAAGAGUGUACUAGCACUGGGUUUUAAAAAAUUAGAGAAAGAUGAAGAGGAUCCAUUUUAUGAUAUUGUUAGUCAUCUCACCAUCAACUGUGCACCAUUAAUUGAUGUACCCUGGCUACUAAAACCAAAAGAAGUUGUGUCUGGUAAUGAUGGUAUUACGUCACUCAGCAAAGAACCUGCUCAGAAGAAAAUGAAGUUUGAUGAAAAAGAAGAAAUUGAAGAUCAAGAUGGAGAGGAAACAAAGCAAGAUGAAGAUAAGAGCAACAAAAAGCUUACUGAUAAUUUAUACACUCCACUUAUGGUAAAAACUGUGCAAAUUUCUAGUAAUAAUGAUAAGAGAAAUAAAUGAAACAUUAUUUUUAGUAAAUAAACUGGUCAUUGUUUUCCUUUUUUGUUAAAGCCUUUGAGCUUCAGA